AUGAGAUCAAGCAAAUUCUACGACAUUCCUGGAACACACAGACCCACAGAAUCGACUGAAUCGUCUACUUUGCUUGAAUCUACAAACCCGAACCAAUCAUAUUAUAAUUACCAAACAACACCAAAGAACCAAAAAAUAUCAUCUAAAUAUGACCUAGAUAACCCCCAUAGAGACAAAUUAGGGACCUAUGAUGGUGUGUUUGUCCCAACCGCCCUAAAUGUCCUUUCCAUUCUUAUGUUCCUAAGGUUUGGUUUCAUACUGGGACAAUUAGGUCUACUUUGUACCAUCGGGUUACUGAUAGUAAGUUAUUCUAUAAAUUUACUGACGACAUUGAGUAUAUCAGCAAUAUCUACAAAUGGAACUGUUAGGGGUGGAGGUGCUUACUAUAUGAUUUCAAGAUGUUUAGGACCCGAAUUUGGAGGAUCCAUAGGAUUAGUAUUUUUCCUGGGACAAAUAUUUAAUAGUGGUAUGAAUGCAUUAGGUAUUGUUGAACCAUUGCUAUAUAACCUUGGGAAGGCGUCAGACGAUUCAAAUGAACCAGCAGCAGCAUUGUUUGCUUUACUACCGAGAGGCUAUUGGUAUGAAUUGGGGUAUGCAACAACAAUUUUGUUUUUCUGCCUAGCGAUUGCAUUGGUAGGUUCACAAACAGUAUCAAGAGCUGGUAAUUUCUUAUUUUUCAUUCUAGUCGCAUCAAUUGUGUCUAUUCCACUAUCUAUCUUCAUACAAAAACCGUUUGAAACAGGUAAAAUCAUCUAUUCAGGAAUUUCAUGGGAAACGUUUAAGCAUAACUUGUAUCCACAUUUUACAAAAGGUGCAGCAGGUUCAUUGUUGAAACACAAAGAAACAUUUAACAAUCUAUUUGGUGUUUUCUUCCCAGCUACCGCAGGUAUUUUUGCUGGUGCUGGGAUGUCUAGUGAAUUGAGAAAACCUUCUAAAUCCAUCCCUAAAGGUACCCUAUGGGGUCUGCUCUUUACAUUUAGUUGUUACACAGUUGUUGUUGUAUCAAUGAGUUGCUCCAUUCCUAGAAAGACAUUAUACACAGAUGUACAAGUCAUUCAAUCUGUUAGUUCGGUGCAAUGGCUUAUUUUUUUGGGAGAAAUGUCAACCUCAUUAUUUUCCAUUAUUGUCGGUAUGCUUGGUGCAGCUUACGUUUUGGAAGCCAUAGCAAAAGAUAGUAUUGUUCCGGGGCUAUCGAUCUUCUCUAAGAAACCGCUAAUUACAUUGAUAUUUACAUGGGCAUUAACACAAGCUUGCUUAUUCUCAGACGUGAAUAAGAUCGCAUCAUUCAUUACAUUAACCUUCUUGAUGACUUUUAUUGUGAUGAAUCUUGCUUGUUUCCUGUUGGAAAUUGCCGCUGCGCCAAAUUUUAGACCAUCGUUUAACUAUUUCGACAGGUACACUGCAUUAAGCGGUGCUAUAUUGUCCAUUAUUGCAAUGAUCGUGGUUGAUGGGGUUACUGCGUCAGCAUUAAUGCUGGCAAUGGGCAUGCUUUUCCUUGUUAUCCAUUAUGUUUGCCCUCCUAAAUCAUGGGGUGACGUUUCUCAAAGUUUAAUAUAUCACCAAGUGAGGAAAUAUUUACUGAGGUUACGUCAAGAUAACAUUAAGUAUUGGAGACCGCAAAUUUUGUUAUUUGUAGAUAACCCAAGAACAAGUUGGAAUCUAAUCAGAUUCUGUAAUCAUCUGAAAAAAGGUGGGUUAUAUAUUCUGGGCCAUGUUACAGUAGCAGAAAAUUUCCAACAACAAUUACACGAAUUAAAAAAUCAACAAAAGGCCUGGAUGCAGAUAAGAGAUAUGACUAAGAUAAAAGCCUUUGUCCAGAUAGGAACAGGGCCUACGUUGCCCUGGGGUGUAAGAAAUGUAUUUAUUGGUUCAGGGUUAGGUGGAAUGAAACCUAAUAUCACAGUUCUUGGAUUUUUUGAUUUGAAAGAAUAUCGUAAAGAGCAAAAUUCAUUAUGUUCUAGUUCCAAGAGUUUGACCAAAUCAGCUGAUUUGCACGCCACCAGAAAUCCAAAUACGAAUGAUAUUAAUGUCGACAUAACUGAACCGUAUUUCCCGUUACCAACAGAUAGAUGUAAAAAUGAACAGAAAAUAAAAAUACGGCAAUGGGUGGAAAUUAUAGAAGAUCUUUCAAUUCUUCAAUCAAACAUUGCAAUUGCCCACGGCUUUGGGAAACUAAAUUUACCAAAUAAAGGAACACAUUGUACCAAGAAAAAAAUUAUCGAUCUGUACCCGAUUCAGAUAUGUGGUAAGAUGACCGUUACAAAUGAAGAGCCAUCAAUGGUAACAUCGAAUUUUGAUACUUAUACUUUAAUCCUACAACUUGGCGCAAUCUUGGUGACUGUUCCAGAAUGGAAGGAUACACACAUCCUUCGUGUAAUCCUCUUUGUUGAAAAUGAAUUGGAUAGGAUCCCAGAAAUACAGAGAAUGAAUAAAUUAUUAUCGGUUUUAAGAAUUGAAGCUGAAGUUACUGUUGUAUCCCUAGAUCAAUUUAGAGUUUAUAAUACCAUUGUGAAAGGUGACCGUAUUAAUUUCAAUUAUGUAAACUCAAUUUUAAAAGAUAGUGAGUGGUGGAACGAUUUAGUGGAUGGAAGAAAGACAUCCCAACCGAAACGUAGGUUUUCAGUCCAAGAGAUGGCUCCUGGAGCUCAAGGUGUUAAAACUGAAAAAUAUAAAGUUUCUAAACUGCAGAGACUUGGUGUUUCAAUGACAAUGAAUUCUAACAUGCCAACUGGCCAACUUAUUACCCCAGCUGUUAGCGAUGAAUCAGAAACUGAGACAGAAUUUUCCUCUUUACAUGAAUCUGGACUGUGUGAUAAUGCCAUUUCAGAAAUAAAUCAAUCAAAAUCGGCUAUUGGUCCAGAGAAGAGAUUACCACGUUUGCAGAAGCUUAAGAAUAAUGUAACACAAAAUUUAAAUCCAGUAUUUUCUAGUGAUGCAUUACCCAAGACUAAAGUGAUCGAGGAAGGUACUGGUGACCAACCGACUUUAGUUCCUGUUGUUGAGGAUGAUGACCUAAAUCGGACUAGUAGCAGAAGCACAAGAAGGCCGGUCCUUCCAGAAUUAUCUCCAUGUUGUUCCAGAGAUAGUCUUCUUUCUGCUAUGAAUAAUUUAACUUUCAAUGAUCUACCUAGUAGAGCACAGCAUUUGAUUCUUAAUGACAUGAUGACACAACUUUCAGGAGAUUCUGAUUUGAUUUUUUCAACAUUACCUAUUCCAGCCUUAGGAACUCAUAACGAUGAUGCUGAGAGUCUUCACUAUGUCGAGAAUCUUGACCUGUGGCUAGAAGGCCUACCACCUGUAAUGCUAAUAAACUCGCAAACAAUGACCGUUACUACUGCAUUAUAG